AUGGCCGCUGUCCCUUCAGCACAUGUGGUAGUAAAGCGAGGGAGAGAAGAGGGUACGGAACAGUGUGGGCAAUACAGCGCGUACUUUCGCUGUGGUGAAUGGAGCUCGCUUGUUACGCUAUACAGGCCAAUAACGACGGAGAUGAUCGAGGAAAAGCUGUUCCGUGGCGUCGAUUUCUUUUUUUCGCCGCACGUAUCCGAUGUGGUGGGAAGCAGGCUGGUCCUCACUAUCUGUGAGUCAGGAACUCCAUGUGAUAAACUGUUCAAGGAUCGACCUUGGAAACCAUGCAGUGUGCAUGGUCCCUUUCGUUGUUCGUGUCACGCUCUAGAACAUGUGGCACGUCAGGUAAUUCAGUUGCAACGCGAGUUGUUGUGGUUUCAAGGGAAGUUGGAGGUAUUCGACAGAGAGGAAGCACAGCAUCCCGAUACUCCUUUCUUCCAGGUGGACGUAGCGGGAGGAAGUGUGUCUCUCGUUCUCUGUGGGCUUCCAUUCCCUGAGCGCCGCUUCGGCCCCUUUCCGCUCUUUUCCGUCGACAGCCGUUAUUCCAUAGGCAAGGCUAUCGCAGCCGCGUCAAUCACCGCGGAAACAACGGAGCCCGCUGUUCAUAAGUGUGUCCUCUGUUCUAUUAGUGCGGAGAGCAGGUGUUGUAUUUGUAGGUGUAUAGUUUGUGCUGAAUGUGGAAGUGUUUGUGACUGCUGCAUGAGAGGGGCGUGCCGAGCCUGCGUUGUCACGGAUAUUGGCCCACAACAGUGUGAGUGUGCGCUCUGCAUAGCGUGCCAUAAUUGGGCCGGAUAA